AAUCAAUAUGAAGUUCCUGAUUUGCUUUUUAGCAGUUAUUUCUUUAUUCGCUUCUGUCCAUGGUUGGAACAAGAUCGAGCAUACCACUGGAAAAGAAUUGUUGCACAUUCUUGAGGGAGGUUACUACCAGGAUGGUGGACUUCAUAGAGUUUACGUAAUAAUGUUCUAUAAUCCAGGAGUCGGCUCAGAGAAUUUGCAAGCAAAGAAUAACGAGUACAGACAGGCUAUUAAGACCCAAGUCUUAGAUAAAUGGCCAAAUGUCUACUACACAGAAGUUGAUGCCACUAAUGCAGACUAUGUGAGAUUCUCAGAAGACGUGGUUGGAGUCAACACAGCAGAGCUCAUUCACGCUCCAUCUAUUCUGAUUAUGGAAUAUGGGCAAGGAGUCUGGAUCCACGGUCCCGAGGCCGUCUCUAGAAUCGCCAGAUAUGUUCCAGCUUAUGAGGAGAGAUCAAGAGUUAGCAGACACUAAAUAUUUGAAUAACUAAGAAAAUCUGCCUAAAUUAUUUAAUUGUUGCUGAAUUUAAACU